CCGUCUCCCCCUGCUGGCGGAGCGCUGCACUGUGUCGCCCCCUGCUGGCGGAGUGCUGCACUGCGGCCUUUUGUUCGGACCGCCUUCCUGCCGUCUCUCCACUACUCUUCCUGGUUUCUGCAAAGUGUAUGUCACCCAGCGUCCGUCCUGCCAAACACGUCCAAAGUUGUCCCGACAGUGGAGAAAGAGAAGAAUGAGCCCGGCGGUGAAGACACGACAGCCGGGAGAAGAAGUGUGACCACGGUGCGUUUAUAGUAAAGCUCGGUCCCCAUGAUGAGAAACAGACUGUAUGGAGGAAGGGUUAGCCGCUAGCUGCUAAAGGUCUGUUACUGUCACUGUUCACCGCGACUGUCUCUUGAGUUUGAGACGUUCAAGUUUGACCGAACCAGAGACGGUAUCAAGAGGAAACACACCGAGGAGGAGGAAAAGAGGAGGAAGAGGAGGAGGGCAGCCAUGGAGAACAAGGAUAAAGUGCAGAUGAGGAGUCACCCUCGCAGGACGCUGAAGAAGCUGAGCGAGGACAGCCUCACCAAGCAGCCGGAGGAAGUCUUUGAUGUCCUGGAGAAGUUGGGUGAAGGGUCGUACGGCUGCGUGUUUAAAGCUCAUUACAAAGAGACGGGAGAGAUCGUAGCCAUCAAACAGGUUCCUGUGGAGUCUGACCUGCAGGAGAUCAUCAAGGAGAUCUCCAUCAUGCAGCAGUGUAACAGUCCCCAUGUGGUUCGGUACUACGGCAGCUACUUCAAAAAGAACGACCUGUGGAUCGUCAUGGAGUAUUGUGGAGCCGGAUCAGUGUCUGAUAUCAUCCGAAUACGCAACAAGACGCUAACAGAAGACGAGAUCGCUGCCAUCGUGCAGUCCACCCUGAAGGGUCUGGAGUAUCUUCACUUCAUGAGGAAAAUCCACAGAGACAUCAAAGCAGGAAACAUCCUGCUGAACACGGAGGGUCACGCCAAGCUGGCCGACUUUGGAGUUGCUGGACAACUCACAGACACGAUGGCGAAGCGAAACACGGUGAUCGGCACUCCGUUCUGGAUGGCUCCGGAGGUCAUACAGGAGAUCGGCUACAACUGUGUGGCUGACAUCUGGUCCCUGGGAAUAACUGCUAUAGAGAUGGCUGAGGGGAAGCCGCCUUACGCUGAAAUACACCCCAUGAGGGCCAUCUUCAUGAUUCCCACCAACCCUCCCCCGACGUUUCGAAACCCAGAUCUGUGGUCUGAGCCGUUUAAAGACUUUGUGAAGCAGUGUUUAGUGAAGAACCCAGAAAACAGGGCGACUGCCACUCAGCUUCUACAGCAUCCAUUCAUCAAGUCAGCCAAGCCCAACGCCGUCCUCAGGGCCCUGAUCACAGACGCCAUGGAGAUCAAACUGAAGAGACAAGAGGAGGAAGAACAGAGAGAGCAGGACGCAGACGACGAUGACAACUCGGAUGAGGACGAGGUCGACCAGGGGACCAUGGUACGGGCGGGGACCGGCGAUUCGGGGACCAUCCGGGCUGCCGGGUCUCGGAGCGGCACGGCGCGGACUAUGAUCGAACACGAGGACACGGGAACCAUGCAGUCACAGCUCGGCACCAUGGUCAUCAACUCUGACGAUGAGGACGAGGAAGAAGCCGGCACCAUGAAAAGGAGAGACGAGACGAUGCAGCCGGCCAAGCCGUCCUUCCUGGAGUACUUUGAGCAGAAAGAGAAGGAGGCCAACGUUCAGAACGAUGGGAAAGGAGAAAACAACGCAGACAACCGCAAAAUGCCCCCCGAUGGAAGUCUGGAAGUGGUGAGCACGUGGACGGUGGAGGAGCUGCGGCUGCGUUUGGCCUCUCUGGACCCUCAGAUGGAGCAGGAGAUCGAGCAGAUCCGUCAGCGCUAUCAGACCAAGAGGCAGCCCAUCCUGGACGCCAUCGAGGCCAAAAAACGACGGCAGCAGAACUUCUGAGGAGAAAUCUGCCGAGCUCCUCGCAGAAUCAACCGGAUCAAGUUUCACCUCUUUAUUCUUCUCUGCAGCAGUUUGUGA